GUUCUGAACGCCAUUUUUCUCGGCAUGCAGAAGCAUGCAACCCGAGAUCAAUAGUGUGGUCACGAAUUUUCCCUAGUUCUGCUGCUGUUUCCACACCGUUUCAUCGCUUAAUUCCGUCUCCAAAAGAUAAAGAACAAUGUGCCGCUGUGUGUCAUCCGUUCGGUGAGCUUCGCGUGGCAGGAAACUCCUCUGAUUUCCUCGCGGAAGUUCGUUUGCAGAAAGCGCACGCACAGGAUCAAACAGCGCUGAAGAAUAGUGCGAAGAAGAAAACGGAAGGAAGGCAUACUGUGGCUGUGUCCCACGCUUGUCGGACGGUGGACGGUCGUGUAAACAGCGUAAUAAGUUCCCGAGAAUUAAGCCGGUUGGGGCCGUGAGCGCAGUGUCCUUUGCGUUGAAAGCGAGAUUAAAGUGUGUUUUUUGAUUGCGGACGAAAGAAAGCGCGUUAAAAAUGUCUAAGCGGCGUAUCGAAGUGAUGGAUCCAUUCAUCAAGAAGCGAAGAGAGGAGAAGGCUGCGGCCGAAGGUUCAUCCGGUGCUGGCUCAUCAAAGCACGACUCCGGCGCCAGUUCCAGUGCCGGAUCGAAAGCGAUGGUAGCGGCCGGAGCAGCCGCCGGAUCAUCCGAAACGGGAGGCAAGAACCCGCUGAACGGUGUUGCCUACACCCAGAACUACUACAAUCUGUACAAAAAGCGCAUCACGCUGCCGGUGUUUGAGUACAAGACGGAUUUUAUGCGCCUGCUGGCGGAGCACCAGUGUAUCGUGCUGGUCGGUGAAACCGGUUCCGGCAAAACAACCCAAAUACCUCAGUGGUGCGUCGAGUAUGCGCUGCAGACGAGCUCGAAGGGUGUUGCCUGCACACAGCCGCGUAGGGUGGCCGCCAUGUCGGUGGCGCAGCGUGUUUCGGAAGAGAUGGACGUAAUGCUCGGACAGGAGGUGGGAUACAGCAUUCGUUUCGAGGACUGCUCGAGCCCUCGCACCCUGCUGAAGUACAUGACGGACGGUAUGUUGCUGCGGGAAGGCAUGAGCGAUCCGAUGCUGGAAGCGUAUCAGGUCAUCCUGCUCGACGAAGCUCACGAACGAACACUGGCCACGGAUUUGUUGAUGGGUGUGCUGAAGGAAGUGAUUCGACAGCGGAAGGACCUGAAGCUAGUCGUCAUGUCCGCCACACUGGACGCGGGCAAGUUCCAGCAGUACUUCGACAAUGCGCCGCUCAUGAACGUGCCGGGGCGUACGCAUCCGGUAGAGAUUUUCUACACACCGGAACCGGAACGGGACUAUCUGGAAGCGGCAAUCCGUACCGUGAUACAGAUUCACAUGUGCGAAGAGAUCGAGGGUGACAUACUGAUGUUCCUGACCGGUCAGGAGGAGAUCGAGGAGGCUUGCAAGCGUGUGAAGCGUGAAAUCGACAAUCUAGGCCCGGAUGUGGGUGAGCUGAAGUGUAUUCCCCUCUACUCGACGCUUCCGCCCCAUAUGCAGCAGAAAAUCUUCGAACCAGCACCACCCAAACGUGCGAACGGUGCGAUCGGCCGGAAGGUGGUCAUAUCGACAAACAUUGCCGAAACGUCGCUCACGAUCGACGGUGUUGUGUUUGUGAUUGAUCCCGGAUUUAGCAAACAGAAGGUGUACAAUCCGCGCAUUCGCGUCGAAAGUUUGCUCGUGUCGCCGAUCAGCAAAGCGUCCGCGCAGCAGCGAGCCGGUCGUGCCGGACGAACGAGACCCGGAAAGUGUUUCCGGCUGUACACCGAAAAGGCGUACAAGACGGAGAUGCAGGAUAAUACGUAUCCGGAAAUUUUGCGUUCCAAUUUGGGCACGGUGGUGUUGCAGCUGAAAAAGCUCGGAAUCGAUGAUUUGGUACACUUUGACUUCAUGGAUCCGCCCGCACCCGAAACGCUGAUGCGUGCGCUCGAGCUGCUCAACUAUCUGGCCGCACUGGACGAUGACGGUAAUCUGACGGAUCUCGGUGCGGUGAUGGCUGAAUUCCCACUGGAUCCGCAGCUGGCGAAAAUGUUGAUUGCCAGCUGUCAGCACAACUGCUCCAACGAGAUCCUGUCCAUUACUGCUAUGCUGUCGGUUCCACAGUGCUUCGUGCGGCCGAACGAGAUGAAAAAGGCGGCCGAUGAUGCCAAGAUGCGCUUUGCGCACGUUGAUGGUGACCAUCUGACGCUGUUGAACGUGUACCACGCUUUUAAACAAAAUAACGAAGAUCAGGGCUGGUGUUACGAUAACUUCAUCAACUACCGGUCGUUGAAGUCGGCCGACAAUGUAAGACAACAGCUAGCCCGCAUCAUGGAUCGCUUCCAGCUGCAGCGCACGAGUACGGACUUUACGUCGCGGGAGUACUAUUUUAACAUUCGCAAAGCGUUGGUGCAGGGCUUCUUCAUGCAGGUUGCUCAUUUGGAACGAACCAAGCACUAUCAGACGAUAAAGGACAACCAGGUGGUACAGCUGCAUCCGUCCACCUGUCUCGAUCACAAACCGGAAUGGGUGAUUUACAACGAGUUUGUGCUGACGACCAAGAACUACAUCCGAACCGUGACGGACGUUAAGCCCGAAUGGUUACUGCAGAUUGCGCCACAGUACUACGACAUGAACAAUUUCCCACUGUGCGAGGCGAAGCGUCAGCUCGAGCUUAUACUGGCACGCAUGGAUUCGAAACAGUUCCAGCAAGGGUUUUAAAGCGCGAACAGGGCACCCAUUUUAAGGCACCUUUGCAUCAUUAGGAUCGGAGUGUGAGAGUGCUUAUUUUCCUUUCCAAGAGCAAGUAUAAGUUCUGCUUUUAAGUUCAUUUUUCCUGUUCUCCGCCCGCUCUCCCAACAAAAUAUAAACACACACACACACAGACACAAACAAUCCAUUUACCACCAACUAUCAAGCCCGGAAGGAAAGAUGGCUUUCGGUAGCUUUUUUUCUCCGCCUUUGUGCGCGCGUGGCUGGCAAACAAUAAAUGCAAUAGAGAUACGUAAAACCA